AUGAGCCAUCUGGAGAAAGUCCGCACCCCCAAGUGCCUGACUGCAGCUGGCGGCCAAGGAGGCCAGCUCAAGGCUAGCCCGAUGGGCACAGGGAGGGCCGACCAGCCAGCCUGGUGGGCUGCCCUGUGCCAGGUCCACCGGGCUCACCGGGCUCUGCGAGCAUUGCCAUGUGCCCGACACUACAGCCUCCGAUCUGCUGGCAGUGGAGCCGGAGUCUGCUGCAAGCUGGGCGGGCCCCUUGCGGUGCCUGUUCGCCGUCAGCACCGCCUGGUACCUCAGCUACAUCGGGCUUUUCACGGCACUCACAGCCCAGCGGCCGGGGAUGGAGGGGAGCCAGGAGUCUCCUGGCCGAGCCCAAAGCAUGAGUCCCUGGAGGAUCUUGGGGCAGGUGUACGUCUUCCUGUCGGCCGUGGCAAUGAUAGUGAAGACGCCUGGAAGCUCUGCUCUCUCUGGGGGCUGUCCUGGGCCCGGUGGAUCGUGCUGCCGCAGAGCCCGGCCUCUGGUGCUGGGUCAAUUCAACUGCCUCACUACCUCGGCCUCAAGCUCACCGGCAUCUACACCGUGGUCCUGCAGAAGAUGAUUCUCCAUGAUGUGGCCAGGUUCCUAUUAGUGUAUGUGGUUUUCCUAGUGGGUUUUGCUUCUGCCCUCUCGGCCCUGUCCGGUCCGUGUCCGGGGCCCGACCACUGUCCCUACGAUUCCGUGGGGAAUGCAUCGGGGUCUCUCUUCAAGCUGACCCUUGGGCUCGGGGACCUGUCCGGCCCGGAGCACUCCAGCUUUCCAGGCUUCUUCCUCUUUGUCCUCAUCAUCUAUGUGAUUCUCACCUCCGUGCUUCUCCUCAACAUGCUGAUCGCCCUCAUGAGCGAGACUGCCACUGAGGUGUCCUCCAGGAACGAGAAAAUCUGGCAGGUGCAGAGAGCCAUCACUAUCCUGGACAUGGAGAGGUGUCUGCCAAUGGCCUGGCGCCAGAGGCUCCUGCGGAACAAGGUUCUCCGUGACCAGAAGGUGGGGUUGACCCCGAGCCAGGAAGACGACCUGAGGACGUGCUUGCGAGUGAAUGAAGAAGAGUGGAAAAAGGCAAAUGUGGUUGUGAGGGGACAGUUCAUGGGCAUCCAUGAGGACCCCAGUAUCUUUCCAGGUAUGGAAAUAUAAACGUGUCUCUGUACCCAGUGUCCUGGUCCAGGAGUCAGAAGGGCCUGAGUUCAAAUGUGGCUUCAAACCUAGCUGUGGGAUC